ACCCCCCAAAAUUAUGAACUUGAUUACUAACUCGUGACGUGAAGUUAAUGUAUGAUAAGGAUUUGUAAGCUUCCAGGUAAUACUCUGAAACCCGCAGAUUCCUAAACGUGACUGUUUUCCAGGAUGUCCUACACAGACUGAAUGAUUAAAGGUGGAUGGGAAUCUGCGUUGAAUGCCUCUAUGCCUUAUGAUCGGCUGCCUUAUACAACAAAAGGGGACCUGCUUGAUGCUUGAUCUGAGCCGUAGUGCUGUUUCUGCACAAACGAGGGAAUCAGGACUGAACAACACAUGAAUUUAAUUAAAACAGCAUACAUCGCCGGGAUAACAAAUCACUUGUACGGCUGAGAUUUUUUCGGUAUUUUGCAAGGGAAAUUGUUUCCAAGCAAACAGUGUUUUGAUGUUAGGAAAGCUACGCGCAUGCGUUUCUCUUGGAAUUAUUGCACUGCCUAGGACUAAGUUGCAUUCAUUGAAUCUUCGCUCAAAGACAUUUCUUUAAUCAAAGUUAGGAAUGCGGAGAGUCCAAGAACGAGGAUGUUUCGGGAUUUUAUCUUUCCCCAUGAUGGUGGCCGUGGUCUGCUGUGCACACAGCGUUAAUGAGCCCAGCAACAUGUCAUUUGUGAAAGAAACCGUGGACAAAUUGCUGAAAGGAUAUGACAUUCGCUUAAGGCCUGAUUUUGGAGGUCCCCCUUUAGAUGUUGGAAUGAGCAUAGACAUCGCCAGCAUUGAUAUGGUCUCAGAAGUAAAUAUGGAUUAUACUCUCACAAUGUACUUUCAACAGUCCUGGAGGGACAAACGGCUUUCCUACUCUGGAAUACCUCUCAACCUGACACUAGACAACAGAGUGGCAGAUCAGCUGUGGGUGCCUGAUACCUACUUCCUCAAUGAUAAGAAAUCGUUUGUGCACGGCGUCACCGUUAAAAACAGAAUGAUCCGGCUGCACCCUGAUGGAACAGUUCUGUAUGGUCUCAGAAUUACCACUACAGCAGCUUGCAUGAUGGAUCUGCGCAGGUAUCCCCUUGAUGAGCAGAACUGUACUCUGGAGAUAGAAAGCUAUGGCUACACCACUGAUGAUAUUGAGUUUUACUGGAAAGGGGGAGAAACUGCAGUCACAGGAGUUGCCAACAUUGAAUUGCCACAGUUCUCCAUCAUGGAUUAUAAAAUGUUGUCCACAAAAGUCAAGUUCACAACAGGAUCAUAUCCCAGGUUGUCACUCAGUUUUCAACUGAAAAGAAACAUUGGCUACUUCAUCUUGCAAACAUACAUGCCUUCAACUCUGAUAACAAUUCUCUCCUGGGUGUCCUUUUGGAUCAACUACGAUGCUUCUGCUGCUAGAGUUGCUUUGGGAAUUACAACUGUGCUGACAAUGACAACCAUCAACACUCAUCUCAGGGAGACUCUGCCUAAGAUCCCUUAUGUAAAAGCCAUUGAUAUUUACCUGAUGGGGUGCUUUGUAUUUGUUUUCUUGGCCCUCCUGGAGUACGCCUUUGUAAACUACAUAUUCUUUGGAAGGGGCCCUCAGCUUCAAAAGAAAGCAGCAGAAAAAGUUGCAAAGGCCAACCAUGAGAAGAGUAAACUAGAGCCCAACAAAGUGCAGGUUGAUGCCCAUGGAAACAUUCUUCUGACCAACCUGGAAGUCAGAAACGAAGUCAGCAGCUCUGAGGUUUUGACAAGUAUAAAUGACCCCAGAACCACUAUAUUUUCUUACGAUAGUGCCAGCAUCCAGUACAGAAAGCCAAUGGCAAGCCGAGAUGUCUAUGGGAGGAAUGCAGCAGACAGACACGUGGUUCAUAAGAAGGGUCGCUUACGGAGAAGGACUUCGCAACUUAAAAUCAAGAUUCCUGAUUUGACUGAUGUUAAUGCCAUAGACAAGUGGUCCAGAGUUAUUUUUCCUAUCAUAUUUACAUUUUUUAAUGUUGUCUACUGGCUUUAUUAUGUGCACUAGUUUGGUCACGUGUUUGUUCUGCAUUGUAUGUGUUGUAUUGUAUUGAUUCACUUAUUUUAUGUAUUAACCCGUAAAGGACUACAAUAUAUAACUGCAAGGUCAAGCUAAGGUGUUCAGCCAUUUUGUUUUUGCGUGUAUGCACUGGGAUGGGGGA